AACAACAACGAAGGUGUGGAUGAUAUAAAUCAGAAAGAUCUCAGAGACAAUUCACAGAAAAUCAAGAACUCACAAAAGAAAAAAGCUGUACAUACUAAUCAGGAGGAUGAACACACCAAUAUUGAGAGUGAUCUCCGUGAAAACAAACGUGACACAGUAGAUGAUGAGCAACCACGCUUGAAAGGGCAUUUAGAAAAGAAAUAUGAUAAAGCCUGUGACUUUUGCAAGAAGCAUAAAACCAGAAUUCACUAUGUGGCCUAUGGAAUUUUAAUAACAGCAUACUUGGCAGUAGUAAUUGCAGCCUGCAGCUUGAAUUUCCAGAGAGCCUUGCCCCUCUUUGUCAUCACUGUCCUAGCCAUCUUCUUCAUCUGCUGGGAUUUUUUAAUAGCUAAGUAUGAAAACAGAAUUGCUGCAUUUUUUGCCCCCGGAGAAAGGUGCCUGGAGAAACAGUGGUUUUGGCUGAAAUGGGUGUUGUUUGCAGCUCUUAUUAUAGCUGUAGUCUGCUGGCUCACCUUCGACACAGCAAAACAGGGAACCCGCCAGCUGAUCUCCUUUGGUGGUCUUGUGAUGUACGUUCUCUUGAUGUUUGUAUUUUCCAAAUAUCCAACCAGGGUUGCUUGGAGACCAGUAUUUUCAGGAAUAGGAAUGCAGUUUAUUCUUGGGCUCCUUAUUCUGAGGACCAAAGUGGGGUUUGAUGUGUUUAACUGGUUAGGCAUUCAGAUCCAGGCUUUCCUGGAAUACUCGGACACAGGUGCUAAGUUUGUCUUUGGGGAGAAAUACAUGGAUCAUUUCUUUGCUUUUAAG